UGGAAGUCUGUUAAGUAUUGAAGUGGAACAAUCCUUAUCCUAUCUUCUUCUUGCACCUCACUACGCCCUUUCGCUGCUCCAUCUCCAAAUCUCCACAUGGCUUCAACCACGCUAUCCUCCGCCACCCUCCGCUCCGCCGCUUAUCCUACACUCCCCGCCGCCACCUUCCCCAAGCAGCCGCUCGAAUUCCUACCCAAAUCCGCCCCCAAACCCCUCCGGCGGCGCGCGCACUUCGUCCGCCCCCUCGCCGCCGUCGACGCCCCCGAGAAGGUCAUCGAGCUCGGCGACGAGAUCUCGAACCUCACCCUCGCCGACGCGCAGAAGCUCGUCGAGUACCUCCAGGACAAGCUCGGCGUAUCCGCCGCGUCCUUCGCCCCCGCGGCCGCCGUGGCGGCGGCUCCCGCGGCUGGCGAAGCGCCGGCGGUGGUGGAGGAGAAGACGGAAUUCGAUGUGGUGAUCGAGGAUGUGCCGAGCAACAUGAGAAUCGCAACGAUUAAGGUGGUUAGGGCGUUGACGAGCCUUGCGCUGAAGGAGGCGAAGGAGCUGAUUGAAGGUUUGCCGAAGAAAUUCAAGGAGGGGGUUUCCAAGGAGGAGGCCGAGGAGGCCAAGAAGCAGCUCGAAGAGGCCGGCGCCAAGGUCUCCAUUGUCUGAUUUUCGCGGUAAAAUUGUAUUCCAUGUUUCUCUUUUUCUCGGAUUAUUAUUAUUUUUCUUAAAUUUGGUAGUAGAUGUAGAUGCAGUAACAUUGGGGAUUUGUAAUUUCCAUUCCAAAAUUUUAUCGUUAUUUAUGGGUUUCUGGCA